CCAGGCCACGCAAACGCAUGUCUUCCUAACGCAAGAAAACGGCGGGCGGGAUGACACAGGAGGAUCUUGACAGGGAGGAAAGAGGAGGGAGAGAGAGGCGAGCCCACUCCAGCUAGUGCUAAGGCACGUUCAGCAGGGGAAGGGAACCCUUUUCCCCGGGCGUCUGCAGACUAAGGGAAUGUAUUUAGUUCACACAAACAUGGCUGCUGCCUUCAGAGCUGCAAACCGAGUGUUGUGUCCAUGCACAAAAAGCAGCAGCUGCAGUCAAGUGAGAGUCCAAAUACAAUGGAGAGGUCAGUCAACAGCAGCAGCCGCCACACAAACAAAAAGCACAGAGCCUCAAAUUCAGCCUGAAAAGAGGAAAACUAAAACGGGAAUCUUGAUGUUAAACAUGGGUGGCCCAGAAACACUGGGAGAUGUCCACGAUUUCCUACUUAGGCUUUUCCUAGAUAAGGACCUGAUGACGCUUCCAGUACAAAAUAAGCUGGCACCAUUUAUUGCCAAACGUCGCACACCGAAAAUCCAAGAACAAUAUAGCAAGAUCGGAGGAGGGUCGCCAAUUAAAAAGUGGACUGUAACACAGGGAGAAGGCAUGGUGAAACUGCUGGAUGAAAUGUCUCCUCACACUGCACCUCACAAAUACUAUAUUGGAUUUCGGUAUGUCCAUCCUUUGACAGAAGAAGCAAUUGAAGAGAUGGAGAAAGAUGGCGUUGAAAGGGCUAUUGCAUUCACACAGUAUCCGCAGUACAGCUGUUCUACCACGGGAAGCAGCCUAAAUGCCAUUUAUCGCUACUAUAAUAAAAAGGGGGAGAAGCCAAAGAUGAAAUGGAGCAUUAUUGACAGGUGGCCCACACAUCCCCUUCUCAUUCAGUGCUUUGCAGACCACAUACAAAAAGAACUGGAUCUGUUUCCACCUGAGAAAAGGAAAGAUGUUGUCAUUCUUUUCUCAGCUCACUCGCUCCCAAUGUCUGUAGUGAACCGUGGCGAUCCAUACCCUCAAGAGGUGGGAGCUACUGUCCAAAGAGUCAUGGAGAAGCUCAACUUUUCCAACCCCUAUAGGCUCGUGUGGCAGUCCAAGGUUGGCCCAAUGCCCUGGCUGGGUCCUCAGACAGAUGAAACUAUUGAAGGACUCUGUAAAAGGGGAAAGAAGAACAUUUUGUUGGUUCCAAUAGCAUUUACCAGUGACCACAUUGAAACUCUCUAUGAGCUGGAUAUUGAAUAUGCACAAGUUUUAGCAAAUGAGUGUGGAGUUGAAAACAUCAGAAGAGCAGAGUCUCUUAAUGGAAAUCCAUUGUUCUCCAAGGCACUGGCAGACUUGGUCUGUUCACAUAUCCAGUCGAAUGAAAUCUGCUCCAAGCAGUUAACCCUCCGCUGUCCGCUUUGUGUAAAUCCUAUCUGCAGGGAGGCAAAAUCCUUCUUCACUAAUCAACAGCUGUGACGUGCAGCGUAGAAGAACACACUUAAUGGUGCAACAAUGCAGACAUCAGAAAUUGCACACAGAUAGCCAAACUCUAGCAUUCUGGUACACUCUUCUAACCUCAGUGGCUUCAGUGGGGUUGCAGUUUUGUAACAGAGACGUGAAUUUGAAGUUUUUCUUUUUUUAUUGGAGAGAUGUGGGUAGAAGGGAAGGAGGGAAGGAAGGGCUUGAUGCAGUGAGGUGCUGAGAGGUCUCAAUUCCUCUGGGUCUAAUGAGGACUUCAUAGCAUCAGGCCCAAAAGUAAGCACUGAAAAAACUUUGAUACAAACUGGCAUCUAAAGCUCUUUGCAGGGAGUUCUUUAUAUGCACUAAUGUCAUGAAUAUAUUCAUUUCAGCCUUCCAGGUAGAGUGUACUAUUAUUAUUAUUUUUUGCUACUGGUGCAGUAUUGCUAACACAGUUACCAGUCAUCUUCUCUUACAGAUAUAUUUUCAGAUGUGUUUUGAAUUCUGAUUUUUAAAAAAAAAUGUAUAUUUUUUAAAACAUAGAAGAUUAUUUUGGUUUUCCUGGGAGAAAAGAGAUUCUGCAAAAGCCCAGACAAGCUUUGCCCCAUUGGAACAGUGGCAUUGUAGGAGAUUUGUUUACAUUUUCUUGAAACUUUCUCAUUGUCUGAAGGAAAAUCUCCGUCUGUGGAGAGCAUGAAGUGAAAGAAAUGACCCAGGACUGAGUUAUAUUUUUGGAGCACACUCCACUUAAAUGGAGUUCUAGCUAUAUUUCAAACCUCGUUACUGUCAACAGCAAACACUGUAGCUGGUUGUAAGGGGGGUUGGCUUAUCCUUCAAACCAAUGCUUUUCUCUUCUCCAAAGGGCUUUCUCUGUUUGAUUAAGCAAAUUCAGAAAGUUGAACUGGCUCUUCUGAGGAUUUAUAGAUCUGCUCUGUGCUUUCCACUGCGUCAGGACAUUGUGGUUUUUGUGGGAUAUCUAUGGAGCUACAUGGGCAUAAUCGAUCCAGUUUAAUUCAUGUUGUCAAUUAAAACCCCAGUGAUAUAUUAGGAGUAAUUUACAUUGUGGUGGGUGUGCCAGAUGAGGGGUGCAGGAUGCCUCUUAUCCUAACAACUGCGGUGGGUAUAAAUUCCCUAACCCAGAAACCGAGUUCUGCCCUAUUAUGUUCCCUGGGCUAUUUUUAGGGCCUGAUCCUGACCCAUCUAAAUCUCCAUUGAUUUCAGUGGGGCAUUUGGAUACACCAGGAAUGCAGUCUAGUCCUAACUAUUUAAAUUAUGGAGGUUUUAUAAAAUAAAGCAGUGGGCAUUCAGCACAGUCCCAGCUGCUGGCCACUACCCAGCAGUUCUCGGUUUUGGCUUGAAAUACAUUUAGAAUGGAAUUAUCAUAGAGUGUGGAUUAGCAGCCCCUUCAUAUUGGGGACAUUCCCUCGAGGGCUAGAAGAAUCCAUUAAAAGUAUUCUGUGGGAGAGCUCAUUUAUAGGCACUGGUCUAGCUGUCAGCUUCAUGAAUACAAAUGUUUAUCCUAUAUAAUUAGCACCGAAUACCGGAGGCUGUUUGCAAGUCGUUCUAACACGCACAUAUUGCUUAAAUUGAUGAAUCAACUAAUCAUAAGAUGUGGAAGUGCAGGGGAUGUGAUUAUUAGACAAUUUUACUUGCUCAGGUAAUUGUGAGAUGCACAUAGUUUGUGCUCCUGAUUCUCCAGGGAUAGGGUUGUUUAAGGAGAACAUAGGCCCCUGUUGCCAUAAAACCUUGUUUUGCUCCAUUUUAUGUUGAAAGAGUUGACGUUUAGGAUGCUGGAGACAUAAAUUAACAUAAUUGUUUAUCAGCCAGUGGGCUAGAUACACUGGUAUGGGGAGUUGGAAAUUACACUUCCUGCCUCAGCCAGACACACACACACUGUGCCUAAUACUCUCCCUGAGGGAGGAACAAGGUUUUUCCACUGCCACCCCUAUUUCAGCUUCCCAGUGUGUGUGUAAAGGGAAAGUCUACAUUUAAACUACUCCGGGGGCUUCAUAGGAGGUUGCUGCUGACUCAGUACAUCGUAUACAGGGCCUGCACCCUCCACUUUUUUGAGCAGAUUCUUACAGUCCCCCAGCUCUUCAACCGAAAGGAGGCUGCUUCUGCUGCUGUGCCAAGGGCGGGCAAACUUUUUGGCCCGAGGGCCGCAUCAGGUUUCAUAAAUUGUAUGGAGGGCCGGUUAGGGGUGGGGGUCGUGGCCCAACCCCCCCGGGACUCCUGCCCCAUCCAACCCCUCCUGUUCCCUGAUGGCCCCUCUGGGACCCCUGCCCCAUCCACACACCCCCUGCUCCCUGUCUCCUGACUGCCCCCGGAACCCCUGCCGCCCCAUCCAACCCUUCCUCAUUCCUGAUGGCCCCUCUGGGACCCCGCUCCAUUCAACCCCCUGUUCCCCCCUCCCCCGACCACCAUCCACACCCCUGACCACUACCCUGAACUCCCCUGCCCUCUAGCCAACCUCCCUGCCCCCUUACCGCACUGCCUGCAGCACCAGUGACUGGCAGUACUACAGCCGCGCCGCUUGGCUGGAGCUGGGCCAUGCUGCUCCUGCCACCACCACACAGCACAGAGACCUGGUCAGGCUGGGCUCUGUAGUUGCGCUGCCCCAGGAGCUCACAGCCCCGCCGCCCAGAGCAUUGUGCCAGCGGCAGAGCGUACGAGCUGAGGCUGCGGGAGACGGGGGGUAGUGGAGGAGGGCCGGAGGCUAGCCUUCUGGGCCAGGAACUUGGAGGCCGGGCAGGACGGUCCCGCAUGCCAGAUGUGGCCUGUGGGCCAUAGUUUGCCCACCCCUGUGCCGCGCCCUAUUUUCAUGCUCGACUCCCUGCUGCUGAUAUGUAGUGCUGGGAUUUAUGCCCGUGGAAGCCAGAUGAAUUGAGAGUACUCUCUGUCUAGAGUUCUGAUUUUCAACACUUACGCUGCAUCUUGCUCCACGAUCCACACCGUCUGGCCCAUGGGUUUGUAUAGUCUCUACACUGCGACAAAUUUCAUAUGACAUUUUUCCUUCUCUAUGUACAUUAUUACAAUGGCCUUUUCCCUGCUUAGUAGGGUCUGUAUUGGAGAGACUGAAGGAGUGAUGGCCAGGCACUGUAUAGCUAAAUUUGUCUUUCUCCAGGAGCUCCAAUUGCCUUUAAAUUCCUUCAGUCCCAGUCAGAGUCUAUUCUCUUGCCUAAUGAGGGGCCAGAGGGAGCAUUGGUAUGCUCAUAACUCCUCUUGGCACUAAUGGGAGUUAGUCACAUACGUUUCCAUCCUCUCCUUUUAUCCUCUUCCCUGCAUCCACCCACCACACAGAUGGGAGAAUAGGCCACCAAGAGCCAACUGCUUCCCUCAGAUGGAAUCCGUGAGAGUUAUCCACCUGCAUUGCUGGGCGAAAUUGAGCACUAACAUGGGAAAGCCUCUGACCAGGAUUUGAAAAAUCAGAACACCAGAAUAACCAUUCUUGCAGCAUACCUUGGAGUACAUUUUUAACCUUACACCUCCCAUUAUACAGAAAACUGCUUGUCUCCAAUCCCACUCUGCUUUGACUGUUAUGGGGUAACAGAAUAUAGUUUACACCUCUACCCCGAUAUAACACUGUCCUCAGGAGCCAAAAAAUCUUACUGUGUUAUAGGUGAAACUGUGUUAUAUUGAACUUGCUUUGAUCCGCCGGCGUGUGCAGCCCCACCUCCCCGGAGCGCUGUUUUACUGCGUUAUAUCCGAAUUCAUGUUAUAUCGGGGUAGAGGUGUAUUUAUAAAAUUUUCCUGUGAAUGCCUCUUAAAAGCCUUGAAUAUAUAGGUCUUCUGAUAUGCACUGUUACCAGCAAAAUUAGGAAUCUACCCAAAGUUGGAAAUGGAAGGCUAACUUCAUGUGAACAUUGUAAUAUUAUACAAAUUGAUUGGCUUUUUGUUUUCGUACUGAAGAAUGUAGAGGGAAUAUUAGUUGGCAUUAAUUAUGAGGCAUUACAUUUAUCCCCAGUACUAGAAGAUAUUCAGUUUUUAUGUAUGCUAACCACAAGUGGGAUAAUUAACAAACCUGUUCAGACUAUUGUUGCUAUUAGCCCAUAGUGUGGAAGUCAUUUAAUUUUCUAGCUUUUAGCAGACUGAUCCUUUCUCAGUGAGUUGGUGGUUUUUUUCUUUUUUUAGAGUAUAGUAUCACACUCUCUUACUAUUUCACACAUUGUUUUGUCUGACAGAUUUCAUCACAGCAUCAAAAUUAUAAUAAAAUACGAUUACAGUUAACCAGCA